UUUUCAAUGUCGUCCGCAACGUUCACGGUCCGUCUUUCUUUAUUUUUCUACCGAAGCGAAUGUUUUGUUCGGUACAUUGUUUAAUAAACACACAUCCCCGCCGAUAAAAGACGAACGUAGUUCGUACGCCGUACUAAAAUUAAAUGUGGUGUACAAGACGUGGUUAUCGGUAAAUAAUCGAUUUGAUUUUGAACGCAGUUCGCGAACAUCACAAAUGAUAGAGUUUCAUAAACUUUGAGUCUAAACUCUGUGAAUGGGACAUUUCAACGAGCACCAAGUGUUCAGAAAAUGUUAUCCUACGAAAUAAUAAAUCAAGAAGACACUGCCAUAAUAAGAGAAGUCUAUGACAAUGACAACUCACAGGAAAUGUUUGAACAGGAACUGGAUAAUGCCUUAGAGGCUGGCUACAAGUAUAUUAUUAUUGAGCCAACUCAGCUGGCUGAUGAAACUGUGAGAUGGAUUACUGUUGGAAAUUUUCUUUCUCAAACGGCUAUCAUAUCUAGUGCUUUGUCUGCAGGAACAGCUUAUUUUUGGACUUCGAAGCCAUUUGUAUAUGGCCCCUUGUGCAUGGCUUCAUUUGUAUGCACUGGACUAUAUAUGAUCUCAUGGCAGUUUGAUCCAUGCUGCAAGUAUCAGGUGCACAAGGACCCAAGAUUGAAAUCGCUUCAAAAGGAAGACAACACCCCAUCAUUGCCAGUGGUUAUAGAACGUGGCAGUGAUACCAAGAGGAAAAUUGUACACACGUCAGUAACAGUUGUGUCAACUGCUUAUUGUAUAUGGAAACUGUACGAAUAUUGCAAAUAAUCUUUCAAAUUGAGAUCAAAUUUUUAUGGGAACGUGAUGGUUCAAGAACAGUCAGCACAUUUUAAAAUUGUAUUUUAUAUAUGUACACUUGAUUUUAUUUUAUUUACCUACCAACUUAUGAUUGUAUGUACCUGAUAAUGUUGAAUGCCAGUGACUAAGAGAUUUCCUUCUCGGGUGUAGAGCAUAUAUCCAUGUUAAUCAUACUUUCUAUAUACAUUUCAUCUUUAAAUGAAUUAAUGAAUAAUAUUAAUAAUAAUAUUCAAUGCAAUUUCAUUGUUCACUGGAAUUAUUAUCGGCUUUACUUUGCGGGAUCAUAUUAAGAACUUGAAAUGUAAUUUUAUAAAAAAGUUUAAAUACUUAUUUCCAUCUUUCAUAAAGUUUUACAUUCAAAUAAAUACGAUGAUUAUUAGGCUUUAGAAACAUUGUAAUGACAAUUAUUAAGUCUUAUUAUUUAUUUUAUAUAAAAUAAUAAUAGUGACAAUUGACAAAGUAUAAUUUCUAUUUUCCUGAUAUUUAAACAUUUUAAACUAACCUAAAUUU